UUCCUACAAAUUAAUUGCCGCCGGUUACUACUAGCCCGGCCGUCCAACGUGUUACGUGGGUUUACUUUGCACCUGCUGUCCACCCUUUGAUCCCUAGACCAAUCGCCACCUUGGCCACUCUUCGUCGCAGGAAAGGCAACAACGACAAUACAACCGUUUCGAUCGAUUUCGUAUUAGUUGCGGUAUACUGUCCACUGCUGAUCAGCAUGGAGUAUCAAGAUGAAAAAGAAACAAAAAAAUAUCUUAUGGAUCAUCGCUGCCCUGGGGAACUGAAGCAUUCAUGGGGUCUGGUCGCAGCACAUGGCAAGCAGAAUGGGUUCCGUUCCGUCUGUUUUGCUUUGCGCUUGUGUGUUCAGGUGUGUGCUUGAGAAGCCCAUGAUCACACGAACCCGGUGCGCUACUAGCCACCUUUUCAAUAGCUAAUUGAUUCGUGCUUAUGCGACAAGGGUGUUGAUAACAUUUCUUAGCCAGGAAGCGGCCAGAGGCAACCGUACACCCGCGGCCGUCAUCCCCUUGGCGCAUUCCGGCUGCGCUUUGUUUUAAGCUAAACAAAAAUAUACUUCUGCUUUCCUUCACUUCUUUUUUAACUAUACGCAACUAAAUCGAUCGUACGUGGAUGCAUUGGGUAGCGGUCAGGAGGGAUCAUUUACUGUCAUUACGCACACGCACGCCCGAGGUUUUGUGUAACUUUUCCGUUUUCCCCGUACUCCAAAAACUAGGUUAAAUCGUAGAAAUCGUUCCAAGAAGCAUGAUCAUUGAUGGUGGUACGAGUAUUAGCGAGUAGAAUAUGUACAAGAAAUUGGUGUCCUGCAAGAGGAGGGAAGAAGGAGAACUUGGAAUGAUGGAGCUAGGCCGGUUCCACGGUAACCGUUUCUCCGCUUCCAUUCCGUUCGUGGAAGUAGUGCUCGUUUGUGAAAGAAGAAGUAAGGAAUAUGGUCGAUAUCUUUUCGAACUCUCUGCACCCGAAUCGAGCACAGGUGUUUCAGUGUCUUUAUGUAUAAAUUAUUAAAUUAGAUUUAUUUGACGACAAACACAGACACACAUGCGUGCGCCUCUCCCGUUCAGCAUCGUCACCAUUCUACGACAGAAUUGGUUGGUAUUGCGAGGGAUAAUAAUUCAAACAUCGAACGAUGUGUGGGGCGGUGUGAUGGAUGUGCUGGUGAAACUUAAAACCGAAAUCGAAAGAGCACUGCUGAGAGGAACAUAAUUAAUAAUAUUAUUAUUAAUAAUGGUAACAACAAUAAAGUAAAACUUGAAAAAUA